CAUGACUUACUGUAGAUGGUCUGAUGGUAAAAAAUAUGAUUAUAAAAACUUUAAAGAACCCGAACAACCUAAAGAGCCUGAUAAUUUUCGAUGUGUUCAAAAUUACAGGAAUAGAUUUAGUUUGAAUCCACCUGAAUGGAAAACACUUAAUUGUGGAAGUCAUAGACCAUAUAUUUGCAAGGUUAAAAAGGGAGAAAAGCCUACACCUAAACCAACGACAAAUCCCACACCUCUGAAAGGAUAUUGUCCAAAAAGUUGGAUAGGAUCUUCUGAAAAGUGUUUUAGAAUAGUAUUUUUGGAUGAAAACAAUGGACUAUCUUGGAAUGAAGCUCAGAAUAAAUGUAGAACGUUAAACCCGGCAUCCGACUUAGCAACAAUCAAUAGUUUCGAAGAGAAUCUUUUAAUUACUUCAAAAAUGAUAAAUACAGAUCUUAACAACGGCAUAUGGUUUGGUUUACACGAGCCAAUAGGUACAGGCAAUGCAGAAUGGGUUUGGUCUGACAAUUCUCCAAGACGUACAGAUGAUGAUUAUGGUAAUUGGUACGAUGGUGAACCAACGCUGUAUAAGUAUUACGCUUACUUAUCAACUUUUGGACCGGAUGAUUCAAGUUUGAAAGAAGGUAUGUGGCAAACAAGUUCGGGUAGAUCGGAUAAAAAAGGCUAUGUAUGCAGCAUGAAAAAAACUCAGAGUGAUUUAUUAUCAACUCCCAUCGUUAAGACAAAGUGUGAAAAAGGAAAAUUUCUAGGUGAUGGCUGUUAUAAUAUGCAAAAUAAAGUUCAUACUUGGGCACAAGCAUUGAACUCUUGUAAAAAUCAGAAAAUGAACUUGGCAUCUAUUCACUCGGAGAUGUUGAAUGCUGCAUUAACUUUUCACAUUGUUCAUAGUGAUAAAUAUUAUUGGAUUGGAAUGAAUAGUGUUAAUUCUAAUGGUACUUUUCUCUGGAGCGAUGGUUCAGUUGUUGUUUAUACGAAAUGGGAGGAAACCCCUGAAAAUAAAGAGAAGUGCGUUGCUAUUUCAUCUACUGGGAAGUGGAAAUCAUUGAGCUGCAAUGAAAAAUUGCCAAGCAUUUGCAAAACACCCUAUGGCUUAAUGUUGACGACGCCUUCCUACGUCAAUGGAUUGUGCCCUGAUCCAAAUCAGGGAACUUGGAUUGGUCGUGGCAGCUAUUGCUAUUUAUUUUCAGAGAGAAAUUGGGAGGCUAGAAGCUUUCUAGAGGCAAAACAAAGAUGUGUCAGACUAGGCUCCCGUCAUGCUAGCCUAAUGAGCGUUCAUGAUAUAACGGAGCAAGCUUGGUUAACUGAAACGAUUAAGGCAAAAUAUAGUAGAGAUGAAUCACUAUGGUUGGGAAUACAUCGUAGAUCCCCGAACCAUCCAUACAAAUGGUCUGAUUACACUCCUUUGUCUUAUGAAAACUGGGCUGAUAAUCAUCCUACAAGCGAAAACUGUGCUGUUCUUAAGGUUGAAAAAGAUAAAAGAAUUACUGGCUUCUGGGAGAGUACACCUUGUAAAAGUCGUUCCAAAAUUAAGUAUGCAUGCAAAGUUAGAAAACUUCUAUAUCCAACUACUCCUGUGCCUGUAAAAGGAAGAUGCCCUCAGAAGCCUUCUAACGAGGAUGUCUGGGAAAUAUUUGGUGAUAAAUGCUUACUUUUUGGAAAAUCUCAUAUGGUAGAUUACAAAGAAGCGUUAAGGGAUUGUACAAGAGCUGGCGCUACUUUAGCAGAGAUUGAAUCAUUUGAGGAAAAUUAUUUUAUUAAACAAUAUGCUGAAAAACAUAUACCUUCUUUCCAAGAGGGUGUAUGGAUUGGUAUGAGGAGACGAAACAGAAGUGGAUAUAUUUGGGAAUCAGGUAAACUACCAGCCUUUGAGUUUUGGUAUCACAAUGACAGAAAGAAAAGAGAUUGUGUUACUUUAAACUUGACUAAACACGGUUAUUGGACUAGUCAGAGUUGCACUGGGCGUUAUUUUCCUUAUGUUUGCCAAACACAGCUUUUAUUAGAUCCAACUCAAAAACCAACUGUGUCUCUAUCAACUGCGUCAAAAAUAGGACUUGGUAUAGGGAUAACGAUUGCUCUCGGUCUUGUUGUUAGCGUGUUUGCUGCUAUUAUUUACAAAUGGAAAAGUUAUAGAGAAACACCAUAUCAAGCUAGAACAAACAGUUUCGCUAGUACAAAUGAAAUAACACUUGAAAAUAAAAAACAGUAUGAUGCAUAA